AUGCCUCUCACUGGUCACUGCCUUUGCGGCGCCGUCACAUACACUGCGGCCGUCGAUAAGCCUCUCAUCACGGCUUAUGACCACUGUGAUGACUGCCAGCGCCAGACCGGUUCCACUUACUCUCUGGUCACCGUCGUCCCCAAGGAUUCUUUGACUAAUAAAGGUCCCACCAAGUCUUUCGCCAAGGCUGGCAGCUCCGGCCUGCCCGUCCACCGCAUUUUCUGCUCCGAGUGUGGUUCUCCCAUUGCCCACGACCCUGAGGCUGCCCCUCCCAUCAUCGCCCUCAAGGCCGGUACUCUCGACAGCGAAAUCAAGAAGACUCUGAAGCCGGACACCGAGAUCUGGACUGUCGGCAAGCUUCCCUUCUGUCAGGAAAACCUCGAGCACCCCUUCGAGCACAUGCCCCAGUAG